CCUGGAACUACCACCGUUCCCAGCUGAUAGAUACAACAGGGACGUCCACGCUGCCACUUACCGAUGUCGACUAAGACUGAGCAGUGGUUACGUACUGUCCAAGAAUAUACAUGUACACGCUGUAUUAAACAUACCAUGGGAGGUGCGAGUGCCAGAUGAGUACGUGAUGGCAGGAAACUCGGCCAUAUUGAGAUGUACAGUGACUCCGCGCUGUGCCGACAGAAUCGAAUAUACAGACUGGCUCACAGACGACGAUACCAGAAUCCUAGAUUACUUAGGUUCGAAAUACUCUCGUUUGGACGACGGUUCGUUGUACAUAAGUGAAGUGCGUCGUGGCGAACGGUACUCCGCCUUCCGCUGCAGAGUACGCGACCGACUCACGGGUUCCGUAUAUUCUAGUCAAUAUUUCGGUCACAUAAUAGUGACGGAACCAAAGGGGGGCGUUCGACCGAGAAUUUCGGUGGAGCCCCGCUUACGAAGAGUGCCCGUGGGUCAAGAUAUACGGUUACCUUGUGCUGCUCACGCCUGGCCUGUGCCCAGCUAUAGGUGGUUUCGUGAGCACCACGAGGAACUGACUCCCAUAGAGCAGACUUUACUAUGGCCGCGGGUGACAGUGAUGAAGGGUCUGCUGAUUAUCCAGAGAGUUCAACGUGAAGAUAGUGGCAGGUUCAUAUGCUGGCUGAACAACACCGUUGGUGUUGAAUCCGCUCAUUUCACACUCAUUGUUACAGAACCAAUUUCCGUCCGAAUAAAACCAGAAUUAUUAAAAACGAAACGAAACGUGGAUGUUAAUUUCGAUUGCAAGGUCGGUGGUCAUCCAAUUGAAAUAGUUUAUUGGACCCAUGAUGGCAAAGUUGUUAAGAAUUCAGAAAGGGUUAGGGUUUCGGAAGAUGGACUGAGAUUACAUAUCAGGAACACUCAGCAGAAUGACCAGGGGAUGUAUCAGUGUUUUGCGAGUAAUACCAGAGAUCAGGCAUACGGAAUCACGGAAUACGUCAUCGAUGCAGCUGACAGCCGUUCACGAUCUGUCGGUAAUCGCUCCCGUCGGGCUCCUUACGCACGCAGCACGCAUACUCACGACACAGAUUGGAACUUCACUGGAACUAGAGAAUCGAAGCCAGAGUUGGUAUACUGGUUCUCAGAGCAAACCUUGCAGCCUGGACCAAGCGUGUCUCUGAAAUGUGUAGCCAUGGGACAUCCACCUCCACAAUUCACGUGGUUACUAGAUGGGUUUCCUAUACCUACAAAUUCCAGAUUCGUCGUUGGCCAGCACGUGACACUUCAAGACGACGUUGUCAGCCAUCUUAACAUAAGUCGAGUAACAGAACAAGAUGGCGGCGAAUACGCAUGUGUUGCCAGUAAUUCAGCAGGAAAAGCGAUCCAUGCGGCAAGGGUGAACGUGUACGGGUUGCCAUUUAUUCGGGAGAUGCCCAAAGUUACGGCUGUUGCAGGCAGUGAUUUGAAUAUUAAAUGUCCUGUCGCUGGAUAUCCUAUUGAAUCAAUUACAUGGGAAAGAGAGGGGCAGACAUUACCUUUAAAUCGCCGCCAAAAAGUGUUUCCGAACGGUACGUUAAUAGUGGAACAAACACAACGAGGAGAAGACGCCGGCACUUACACCUGCCAAGCAACAAAUAGACAACGUCAUGUUGCACGAAGAGAUGUCGAAGUACAGAUAUUAGUCCAACCAAAGAUAUUGCCCAUUCAGCCACUGACGAAUUUAUUAAGGGAGGGCAUGAGAGCGGCUAUUUCCUGUCAGAUAUUGGAGGGCGAUUUGCCGAUUGCAUUCCGAUGGGAGAAAAACGAUCAGCCUGUGACGUCAUCGCCAUACGCUCCAAGCGGUAUAAUAACGAGGCGAAUGGAUGAGUACAGUGCGUCGCUCGUGAUAGAACACAUAACUUCGCUACAUAGUGGAAAUUACACUUGCAUCGCAUCAAACGUGGCGGGUUCUGAGCGGUUUACCGUACCGCUUACAGUUAAUGUACCACCAAGAUGGCGGCUAGAGCCAAGCGAUGUGGCUGUGGCUGCGGGUCAGGACGUCAAUCUUCAGUGUCAAGCUGAUGGCUAUCCAAAACCCAAUAUAACAUGGAAGAAAGCUGUUGGUAACACUCCUGGUGAAUACAAGGACUUCAUGUUUGAGGGAACUUCACGGGUUCUUGAAAACGGCUCCCUGAUAUUUGAACGAGUUGCGAAAGAUAACGAGGGUCACUAUUUGUGUGAAGCAAGAAAUGAUAUAGGAGCCGGGCUGAGCAAACUUAUCUUCUUGAAAGUUAACGCCCCAGCCAGAUUCCCAAUGAAGAGCAAAACUGUACAAGUAACAGCAGGUGAAGCAGCUCAUCUUCAGUGCGCGGCGUCAGGAGACGCUCCACUUGAAGUCAGUUGGAGAAGUCCUCAUCAUCACACCAUCGCACAUCAUCUUGACCAAAGAUAUACAAUACGCGAGCAAGUCCUGGACGAUGGUCUAGUUUCGGAGUUGAGUAUUUUACAGACCUACAGACAAGAUACAGGUGCACUGACUUGUCGAGCAUCCAAUGCUUAUGGACAAGACGAAAUGCUUAUACAUCUUGUUGUCCAAGAGGUUCCUGAGAUGCCAAAAAACAUAAGAGUUAUUGACCAGCAGUCCCGAUCAAUACAAAUAUCUUGGACUCAGCCAUACGCUGGGAACAGCCCCAUUAUAAACUACAUUGUACAAUACAAGGAAGCUCCUGAACCAUGGCCAACGACUCCUCAAAAGGUUAUUGUCCCUGGCAGCGUGACGUCAUCCAGCGUCCAGAACUUACAACCAGCGACGUCUUACCACUUGCGGAUCAUUGCUGAAAACCGCCUGGGCCAAAGCGAGCCCAGUCAACUGGUACAGGUCACUACUACUGAAGAAGUACCUAGCGGCUCACCCAUAGACGUGCGAGUCGAAGCAAAAAGUUCAACUGAAUUAACAGUGAGUUGGGAUCCGCCCCAGCGAGAUCUAUGGAACGGAAAUAUUCUAGGCUAUUACGUGGGAUUUCAAGAAUUAAACAGCAACAGUACAGUACUAAGUGCGAGCGGUCCUGGCGGUGCUUCAUACACCGUGCGUACGGUUGAAGGAACGGGCUCUGCACGUGCAAGAACCACGCUCGCGGGUCUGCAGAAACAUGCUGCAUAUGCUGUAGUCGUACAAGCUUACAACAGCAGGGGUGCUGGACCAGCUAGCCCACCUACUACUGCUACCACCUUGGAAGAUGUGCCUAGUCUUCCACCUGGAACACUUAAUUGUAGCGCGCUGUCAUCUCAAUCGGUUCGUGUCACAUGGGAGCCACCACCUAUGCGAGGUAGAAACGGAGUUCUGCAAGGAUAUAGAGUAACGUAUGCACCUGUUACUGAUUGGUAUGGAAGUGAAGAAGCUGUGACAAAACAAAUAUCAGGGUUGCACACAACUUUAUCAGGAUUACGGCGUUAUACCAAUUAUUCGGUGACCGUAUGUGCUUUUACUGCUGCGGGUGACGGCGUUAGGGCUGCUCCCGUUUAUUGCCAUACUGAGGAAGAUGUGCCAUCUGCGCCCGCGGAUAUAAAAGCUGUUGUAUCAUCGCGUAAUAAGAUCUUGGUGUCUUGGCUACCCCCGACUUCACCUAACGGGGUUUUAGUCGGUUACACCCUUUAUAUGAGCGUCAUAGAAGAUGGGAGGGAGGAGGGAACUCACAAGCGUAUGUUGUCCCCACGUACAUUAUCACAUGAGACGUCUCGAUCGCCUCCACGGGCCAUUCAUGAGUUCUGGGUGUCCGCCUCCACCAGACUCGGAGAAGGUGAUUCUACGAGGGUUGUCAAAGUACUGCCGUCAGACACCGUUCCAGCAAGAAUUACUUCAUUUAGUCGAAGUAUCGUCACACCCUGGAAGGAAAAUAUAUCUUUGGCUUGCAACAAAGUUGGUGUUCCAAUACCAUCGACAACAUGGAGAAUGAAUGGUGCAAUUCUAGAAUCGACCUUGAGAAAAAAUGUUACCAGUGAUGGCACAUUGAUCAUUAGCAUGACACAAUACGCUGACAGCGGAAAUUACACGUGCCUAGUUGAAAAUACUCAUGGUCGUGACGAGGUGACUUACGGUGUCGAAGUGAAGGUCCCUCCUCAACCGCCCGUGUUAGCUGUGGUCGACUCGUACGCUGAUUCACUACACUUACAAUGGAGUGAUCAGGGGGACGGUGGCAGCCCUAUUUUAGGAUACGUUAUAAACUACAAACGGGAGCACGGGGACUGGGAGGAGCUUCAAGUGGAGGCGGGUACAUCUGAGCACGUGCUGCCAAACCUUUGGUGCGGAACCAGAUACCAGCUAUAUAUCACUGCCUUCAACCGCAUCGGUACUGGUCUACCAUGCGAUAUCGUGCAUGCAUAUACCAAGGGCACCGUGCCUGUGAAACCGAAGCACUCCCAGAUGAUAACUCUCAACACGACAACUGUGACGGUGUGGCUCGACUCGUGGGGCGACGGAGGCUGCGGGAUAUUGUACUUCGUCAUAGAGUACCGGGAGAUAAGUCAGUCGCAGUGGAGAUUAGUCUCGAACAGUGUGCAAGCAACAGAAAGAGUAUUCAGUGUAACAGGACUGUCACCCGCCACGCACUACCAGCUACGGAUCACAGCCCAUAACAACGCGGGCCACGCUUUAGCACUUUAUAAUUUUACUACACAUUCAUUGAGUGGAAUGUUGGACGGUGAGGUGUCCCCGGCAGUGCCGGCGGCUGGUCCACGUUCUCUGGGUGGUGUACGUGUUUUGCUGCCGGCGGCGCUAUCCCUGCUGGUGCUGGCCGCCCUUGUAGCCAUAGUCUUAUUAAUUAGAAGGAACAAAGCAGGCCCAAUAGAGACAACGGCACCUGAGACAGGAGUGGGCGAGUCACCGUCCGUGGCCCAGCUGCAGAACAAAGUGAAUCGCGACCAGCAAUACCUCGCCACCCGCGCCCAGCACCCACCACCACAGCACCAUUACAAACACGCUUCAAAUGAAUACAUCGAAGACAUCUGCCCCUACGCUACUUUCCAACUGACCAAACCGAGCGCUUACAGCGAGAGCAGCUAUAGCGGCAACGUAUACAGCGGCCCCUACCACUCCGUGAGAGGAUCCUUCGUAUAUCACGAUCUCAAGCAAAAUGAUAAAUACAAAGGAAAAGAACCAGAGUAUACGAAAGUACGACGAAAAGGAAACAGACUGCGAGAUCCUCACUCUGAAAGCCAAGAGUACGAGGACGACGCCAGCGACGACGCCAGCGCGCUGCAUUCUGACAGCGAGCCCGGGGCGAGGCUACGGCCUACGCACCCCACCGCUUACCCCAGCGUCGAGCGAGAGGAGUCGUCAUCGUCCUCGGAGAAUUCGAUGGGCGGAGUGGUGCGAAAGGCAUUUCCCUCGCGCAAGGGCAAGGCUGGCGUCGGCAAGAGACACGUGCGCUCUUCCAGCGGAUACAGCAGCCACAACGAUGAGACAACCUUCAGUAUAUCGAACUACCCGUCGUUCAACGAGCACAUCCACCCACCGUCGCGGUUUUCAGACGACACCGACUGCGGCCGCAAACGCGUCCACGCACACGCAGACAAGAUGACACGAGAAGCCUUCCAGAUUAACGUCUGAACGAACGCGAAGAUAGCCUGCCCUUUGUGACACAUGUCACAGGCGACAUCUGUCUGUGUGACGUAUCCCAAAUGUCAUCUGAAAUAUCUACAAUAUGGAGCCUCAUUGUUAUUGAGAGUGUACGUCUGAAAUUCAAUGUUUUAUGGGCGUUAUAAAUAUAUUAUAUCUAUAUUUCACAAUUUAUUGGGAAAUCGCUUUAUAGAUUUAUCAAUGUAACAAUGAAUCUCGAUCGAGUUUGGAUCUUAAAUGUUUUAGUAGGGGGUUAACUCGCAUCUUACUAAAUGAAGUCGUUCCUAUUUACUGUCAUAUAGUCAUAUUUUGACUGUUGACGAUGAUAAAGUAUCUUAAACAUAGGUAGCAGCGUUAUAAACUGACCCCGUUUUAUUGUCAAGACAACCAAUUUCUAGUCGUGUACAUACAUUGUAGAUAGUUAGGCUUAGUAAACAAAUAUUCUUAGUGCCACAAUAAUCAUUUUUGUAUUCUAUAUUCAAGAAACGUGUUAUAUAAAGAACUCUAUAAAUAUGUUAUUGCUAUGUUAAUGAAAACAAUAAUUUGAACACAAUAAAUAUUAAAAAAAAAAAAUCUGUCUAGAGGCUAUAACCGAAUGAGCCCCUCGAGCCAUCAUUCAUUUUUGUGUAAAUAUUGUUGUAAUUAAUGUGUAUUGAAUAUCAAUGUAAAAUUAAGAAGAACAAUAAUUAAAAUAAUACAUAUAUAUUUUAAACUUAAUGCCUUAUUGACCAAAGUCUUAAAACUAGUUACGGAUAUGAUUGUAAAAUUGUAUCCCAUAAUGAUUAUGGGUUGUUUUAUUAUUGUAAAGUUUAUGGAAACUGGUCGUUUUCAAUAAAAUCUUUGCUGUCUGUAUAACCUUAAGGAGAGGUGAAUUUAAAUGUAUCUAUUUAUAUGUAGAUAUAAUGUUACAUAUAGAAAGUUACAGUGUUGUAUAAGAUUUCGAUACGUUAUGAAAUUCUUAUAAGAAAUUUGCAUGUAUUUCCAACAGCUUUCUAGUAUAUCCUCAUAUCUGUUUUACAUUUGGUGUGGUUAACAUCAUUAAUAGAAUAUGACAGCAUGUUAAAGUUACAUGUCAAGUUAUGAUUAAUUUAUUACUUUCAUGUAUAAUGUUAACCAAAAAAUCUUGAAAGGAUAUACAUAUUUGAAUUGUAACAAAUGUUGCCAGACAAAAAUAUCACGUAACAGCAGGAUGACAUCACGCACAUAUAUAAAAUUGUUCAAAUAAACGCUAUAAAUAUUGUUCUUGCCAAUGUCCCUGCCGUUACACGUGGUGAAUUACAUAAAAUUAGUUAUUCACGCACAUAUACUCAACACUACUCUGAAGCUCGCUAAGAUUGAGUCGUCCAUGGAAAAAAUUCUCAGUUCAUGGAAAACUGAAUCUAAUGUUAAGAGCACUAUCCCCUAUAACUAAGUAUAGUUAAUGGUGUUAGCAUAUACAAUCCUCAGUAAACAGUAACACGAGACAAUACACUUACCUAUAGUUUGGUGAAUACGGCAGAAAGUUAACUUAUGUACAUUAAGUGUAUCGUAGUUCUAGUUUGUGUCUGUUUCGACACGUUUUUUACACACACACGUUUAUGUGAGAUUGUGUGUUUUUUUAUAUAGUUUACAAUCGUUUACGUUGACUCUCUUUCGUAAUUCCAACGAAGACUGCCCUAUUUUUAAUUGAGAUCUAUUUUAUAUAAUCUAGUACACAAAUAUCUUAUAAUAGUCAAUCGAAGUUAAUCAUUUAGUAGUUUUAGCGAAUUAGUUCAAUGAUAAUUUCACUGAAGCUACGAUCGUGUAUAUUUCGAUGUUGUUUUUUUUUGCGUUUACUAAUUCUAUGAAUAGUGACGUUUUUGUUUAAACACGGCUUCGACUGAGUUUUAUACGUUUAUGUUUUUAUAUACGCACUUUGAUUUUGAGUAUGCUUAACAUAUCAUUUAUAAAUUAUUUUUUUCUCUUACAAUCGUAUAUGAAUCACACUAAGUAAAAGUCAUAUCUUUUACAUACUGAUAACUUACAGUGAGGUUAAAGUUUAAUGUACCAACUUCAGCUGAAUAUUAAAUGCCAUGUGCUUAAAUUUUUUUCUCCCUUAAAAAAAAUACAUAUAUAUAUAACAAAAUUUUGCUUGCUCUUACGCACCUAAUGGCUUCAUCUGCUCAUUCUGUUUGCUUAGUCUCAGUUGGCAUCACAUAUUACAUACGGAGAGUAAAUAGUUUUCAUUCACUUUAAGAUAUUAACACAGCUUAUUGAAUGAAAAAAGUGCAACGAUUCGUAUGUAGUAUGAUUAUACAAACUAUGACUAAAUAAACUAUUUGAUCUUCCUUCUAUCAUUUAAAAUAUGCUGCAAGUAUUAUUUUUGUAAUUGCUUUCUCUUCUUAAACCAGUCUCCUUAAAUAUUUUUGCGAAACAUUAGGUAAAAACGCUGUAAUUUUUAUGUGAUUACUGAACGAGAAACAUUCCAAUCGAUAUAUAUGACAAAAUUUAAUUUCCUGUUUUUGUAAGAGGAACACAGGUACAAACACAUACCUACUGUUUGGUUAAGAAUUUUAUCUGAGAAAAAAAAAUAAAGCUAUAUUCACAAUAUGGUAACUGUUAAAAAUUUUCAAUUAAAAAGUUUCUAAAUGUGACAUUUCCAACUGAAACGAUAUAAAACCUUAAUAAGAUUUCGCGAAUGCACCAAAGUGGGUAAUAAUGUUUAAGUUUUGUUAUAAUGUAAGCUUUUUGCUCUGUGAAAGACGUUAACGGAAUCUAACCACGGAAUCUUUAAAGCCUUAGAGAUUAUUUGUGUAUCCUAAUUGUUUCAAAGAAACAUUCUUUAGCUGAAAAAUCGAAAUUUAGUCAAUCCCUAUUUUGUCAAUAACAUUAUAGGUAUACAGCCAAACUGUUAUGAUACAAAGAUCAAUAUAAUUGUGGAAACAAAUUGAUGCCUAGUCUCGUUUUCAUUACAGUUACAUAAUUUCUCGAUUCAUAAAUUGAACACGCUGUAUAGUAUAAAAAAAAUGAAAGUGCGUAAAUAAAAACCGAUUAUAAUUUACGAGCAACGAAUCUGAAACACGCCAAUCGAUCACUAGCUAAUGUAAUCACGAAUUUUCUUUGUAUAGUCAAUGUAGCCAUAUCAUUUUGAGGUUAUGUUAUUAAAAUUGUAAGGUCUAGUAAAUCAUUGUUACAGAUAUGUUUUUUAUAAAACAAAAUGAUUUUAGAUACAGUAUGAUGUGAACGGAAAUAAAAUGGAAAUCAUUUA